CCAUAUCUAAUACAACUGCCAUUUUGUUUUUCAGUUGAAGAUCCAAUGCAGCUACGGUUGUUCUUGUGAAAAUGGCUUUAUUCGACGUUUAGAUAUUGCUUUUAGUGUGGUUUUUGUUCUUAAAUUGAAAGACUGUCUUGUUGAGAAGUAGCGGAUGGUAGAGUAAAAGACCGAAGGACCAACUUUCCUUGUAUAUUGUGAUUUAAUUGUUCUUGUUUACGUUAGGGUCUUCUGGCCUACGACGUUCUAUUAGAUUGGUACUGUAGCUAGCUAGUUAUCUCGGUGGCAAAAUGGCGGCGAAUACGACCCAGACAGCUCCAGCUGCUAACUGGUCGUAUGGUGCAGCAGCAGGUCCAGAGGGCCAGACAGUCUCGGAAAACCCAGAGUGGGAGAAGGCCAGACAGGCACUGGCCUCCAUCAGCAAGACCCAGAGCGCCACCAAGACCGCUCAGGCCAACCGGACCACAGCACAGGCUGGUCAGUUUCAGCCUGCAGUUACUGAGUCGACAGCCAUACAGCAGCAGCAACAGCAGCAGUACUACCAACAGUGGUACCAACAGAAUCAGCAGCAACCGUAUCCUGGAUACACCUACCCCUACAAUUACUACUACCCCAUGGCGCCAGGCCCCUAUGGUGGUGGUGGCUAUCCUCCUCAGGGCCAGUAUGGUGUACCUCCAGGACCUUACCCCUCUCCCACCACUCCAACUGGACAGCCUCCAUCCCUGCCCGUGAUGGAUGACCAGUCCUCCAGCUACCCCUCUCAGCCCCAACCCCCUCCUCCUGCUGCACCUCAACCACCCCAGAGCCCCACCAGCUCUGAGCAGCCCCCACCCCCUCCUCCCCCAGCCAUCCCUCCCACUCCCAGCUCCCAGUACCCCCUUCCUCCAGGGCAGAACUCUUACAACCCCAACAACCCCAUGCCCUACCCCAACAAUGACCCCAACCAGAUGAGAGGUUACAACCACAACCAGGGCAGGCCCAGCUAUGGGCAGAGCUACCAGACUCAGAACUCGUACCAGCAGCAGCAGAAUAACAACCAACACCAGCAACAAGGACAGGGUCAGUAUGGACCAGGAGCUGGGAGAGGAGAGGCCAACAAAAACAAGAACCAUCAACAACAACAGCCACAGCAACAAGGACCGCAGCUCUGGCACCGCAUGAAACAGGCACCUGGAGCAGGUGCGAUGAAGUUCAACAUUCCCAAGCGACCCUACGUCAUGACCAAUCAAAGUUUCCCUCCUGGGGAACAACCCACUGGAUUGGCUGCUACUCCUUCCUCCCCAGCUGCUGCUGCACCUGGCGGUGCCCAGACACGGCCCCAGGACUGGCCCCAGGCGAUGAAGGAGUAUGUUCAGCGCUGCUUCACAGCCUGUGAGAAUGAGGAGGACAAGGACCGCACCGAAAAGGGGCUGAAGGAGGUCCUACAGAAAAGACUACAGGAUGGGUCUGCCUACACCAUCGACUGGGACCGCGAGCCUCUGCCUGAACUGAAGGCCAAGCAGUCUCGCUGGGAGGCUGUACCCACCCAAAGGACUCUGGAGAGUUCUGUGGGCCGUGGUGGCGGUACAGGUGGGGCUACGCGUGGCAGGGGUGGUGGGGCCAGGCUGGGACACUACAGAAACGUCUUCUCCCAGAGAAGCCCCUCAUCCAGCUCCUCAGGCUCCUCCUCUCGCUCCCCCUCUCCCUCCCACAACCGACACAGGGACCGCAAUGGCCAGAGACACAGGCGCAGUGACUCUGAAUCCCAGUCGGACAGCAGCAUGUCCAGUGACCUCCGAACCCAGCUUCCCCGGCGCAACCAGAAAGGAGGGCGUGGCCGUGGGGGCGACAGGGACCGAGGCAGAGGGGGUGGAGAGAGGGGACGAGGAAGGGGCGGAAGAGGCAACAGAGGACGGAGAAACAUGGAUGACGCUAACUCCACCGUCCUGGGCAAGAAGAGGAAAGGUGGGAACGCCGGCCUGGACUUCCACGACCCCCACCGGGAGGCCAAGAAACAAAGCCGUGCGGCCCGCUUCCACAACACCAAGAUGCGCUCAGAGCCCCUGGUGCUGUCCAUCAACAACCUGGAGCUGCCCAAGGAGGACCUGAGCUGGGAUGACUGCCCCAUCGUGGGCACCUGCCAAGAGAUCACCAAGAUCUACCUGAGACUCACCUGUGCCCCCGACCCUGCCACCGUGCGUCCCGUAUCUGUGCUGAGGAAGUCUCUGUUGGCUGUGAAGGCCCACUGGAAGACCCGUCAGGACUACCCCUACGCCUGUGAACAGAUGAAGUCCAUACGACAGGACCUCACGGUUCAAGGAGUUCGUACAGAGUUCACAGUGGAAGUAUACGAGUGCCAUGCACGCAUUGCUCUGGAAAAGGGCGACCACGCAGAGUUCAACCAGUGCCAGAUGCAGCUGAAGGCCCUGUAUAAGGACAACCCAUCAGAAAACAUAGGGGAGUUCACUGCUUACAGACUACUCUACUAUAUCUUCACUAAAAACUCUGGAGACAUCACGACUGAGCUGGUGUACCUGACUGCGGCGCUGCGGGCGGAUGAGUGUGUGUCCCACGCGCUCUCCCUCCGCGCCGCCUGGGCUCUGGGAAACUUCCACCGGUUUUUCCAGCUCUACCGGAGAGCCCCACGCAUGGCAUCCUACCUCAUAGACAAGUUUGUAGAGAGGGAGAGGAUGAUCGCUCUCAGGGCCUUAUUCAAAACAUUCAGACCAGACUUGCCGGUGGAGUAUGUGCAGUCCAGUCUGGGCUUCCUUUGUUUAGACUCUUGCAUGGCCUUCCUCACAGGCCUGGGGGUCACCUUCUUCCCCUCUGACCCCAGCAAGAUAGACUGCAAGAUCAGCUCAGCCUGUCUGGCAGCCUCCUGAG